AUGCUGGCCUGGUCAGGUUCCAGUGGGGACCUUCUUAAUGCUGUGCAGAUGGUUGUCUCCGUGCAUAUUUCUGCACCUAAUGAAUUUGAUGUCAUGUUUAAACUGGAAGUCCCCAGAAUUCAGCUAGAAGAAUAUUGUGAUAGUGGUGCUCAUUACUUUGUGAAGUUCAAAAGAAAUCCCAAAGGAAAUCCUCUGAAGCACUUUGUAGAAGAGGAAAUAUUGUCAGCUUCUAAGAUGCUGUUAAAGUUUAGGAAAAUCAUUAAAGAUGAAAUUAAAAAUAUUAAAGAUAUAGACAUCACUAUGGAGAAGAAAAAACCAGGGAGUCCUGCUGUAACACUUGUUAUUAGAAAAUCUGAAGAAAUAUUUGUGGAUAUAAUUCUGGCUUUGGAAUCAAAAAGUAGCUGGCCUGCUAACACACAGAAAGGUCUGCCCAUCAAUAACUGGCUUGGAGCAAAAGUUAGGACCAAUCUAAGACGACAGCCAUUUUACCUCGUACCCAAGCAUGCAAAAAAAGGAAACGGUUUUCAAGAAGAGACAUGGCGGCUCUCUUUCUCUCACAUUGAAAAAGACAUUUUGAACAACCAUGGACAAUCUAAAACAUGUUGUGAAACUGAUGGAGUUAAAUGUUGCAGGAAAGAUUGUUUAAAACUAAUGAAAUACCUUUUGGAACAGCUGAAAAAAAAGUUUGAAGACCGAAAAGAACUGGAUAAAUUCUGUUCUUAUCAUGUGAAAACUGCCUUCCUGCAUGUAUGUACCAAGGAUCCACAGGAUAGUCAGUGGCACCCCAAAAAUCUAGUAGUCUGCUUUGAUAACUGUGUGGCAUUCUUUCUUGAGUGUCUUAGGGCAGAACAACUGGAGCAUUAUUUUAUUCCUGUAGUCAAUCUAUUCUCUCGAAACCACAUUGACAAAAUAAGUAAAGAAUUUUUGUGCAAACAAAUUGAAUAUGAAAGAAACAAUGGAUUUCCAAUUUUUAAUGAAUUUUGAAAUUUUAUUUUAAGAAAAAAAUAAGAAUCAAAGUGACUAUAGUAAUUGGGAUUGCCCAACAAUGAUUGACUAGAAUGAAUGUAAUUAAUUAUUCAUUCUCAGUUUGUCAUAAAUGACCCUAAUAUAAAGGGUUGUAGACAAAGUGUGAAGGAUUGCCAAUCCUAGAAAAGAGAUUAGAUAAGAAAUGAAAAGCAAAACAAGUAUUUAAAGUCUAACGUCUUUACCAGACUAGGCACUUAUACAUACUUAUAAUGCCAGCUACUUAGGAGACUGAGGCAGGAGGAGCACAGGAGUUCAGGGCCAGCCUGGGCAACUUGGGAGACCCUGUCUCAAAUUAUAAAUAAAUAAUAAAAUUAAAUGAAGAAAUAAAAACUUUAUCAGAUUGGAAAGUGGAAAAGGAAUAAAAUAUAUAUCAUCCACAAUUAAAUUCAUCAAGCACUUAUUGAAUACCAGUUCUUACCUAGCAUAGGUAGGUGGAAGAUUGUGAAACAGUGGUAAAAAUGAUUUUUGCUUCCAUAAAAUUGGUAGACUUUGUUCAACUUAAAAUAUUUUGGGGACUUUGGGGAGGUGGUUUUUACCUUGUGUGCAGGAGGCCCUGAGUUUGAUCCCUAUCACCACACACAAAAAUAGGUGUGUGUGUGUGUGUGUGUG